UCUUAUGCGUCAAGAAGCCUUAAGAGAAGAGGCCAUAAAAAGUAUGGCUAAACGGCCUGGCUAUGGCAAGUUCGGACGACAGACUCAACUUCUUACUAAUUACUUUGAAGUUAAAAAGAUCACAAACGUAGCGCAUUUUGAAAAAUAUGAGAUUAUAAUGAAAUUGCAGCCAAGGUCCGACGGCCGAAAAGUUACCAGGCAACCGAAACAACUUCCAACAAAUGUCCAACGUGCUAUAUUUCAACAAUUAGAAAAGCAAGAGCGUAACAGUUGGUUCAAAGGUGUUGGUGUCGUUUUUGAUGGCAAUCCUACUGAAUUUAAAGUUGAAGUUAAAAGGAUCGAUAAAAUUGACAUAGGCGAAUUAAAAAAAUUUCUUGAAGGAAAAGAAAUGAAAUGGGAAUAUUUUGAUUUAGCCGGUCUUAGAGGACUUAAUGCUUUAAUACAUCAUAUGCCAUCAAUGAAAUAUACUCAAUUUGGUGAAUCCACGUAUUUACCUUCGACGCGUAAAUCUUUGGGUGGUGGCGUAGAAUUAUGGAUGGGCUGGUUUGAAAGCGUAAGGCCCGGACAAG